AUGCAGGGGUCCAGGGUUAAUGACAAAAAAGCGAUUCAGAUGGAGAUUCAUAGAACUAAUAAUGAAUCCUCCCAAAGAAAGAGUUCAAAGAGAGUGGAAAGAAGGCACUUAAAGGAAAUAGAGAGUUUACUACGAGACAUUGUCACAAAGCGUAUAGAAAAUGAAGACAACAAAAGUAAAAGCACUUCAACAGAAGCUAAAAUUAUAACAGGUGAGAUGAUUAGACUCGGAUAUACCUUCAAGAACAAAAAAGAAAAUCAGAUUUUACUUUUAUCUGAUGGAAGUGAUGAAGAAGAUUUGUAUGCUCACUCUCUGAAGAUUCAUAAAGAGAAGUUAGUGGUGUUCUACUAUUCUUUAGAGGAGCCUGAUAGCCCUGGUUCUACUGCACACAUGUCACAGAUGUUAAGAGCAUUGAAUGAUGGGAAUCUGUCUCAGUCACAAGCAGGCACUGUUAGCAUCAGUAGUUACUUCCGGAAGAAAAAUCCUUCUUCCGCAUCCAUCAGAGACAAGAAAACUGAGUCAUCCAAGGAGAAAAUCAACACAGAAUGUACAGACGGAAGGACUAAGGAAAAAAUAGAUCAAGCAGAUGUUUCAGAUCAUACUGUAAAACACCAAGCAAUCAAGAAAAU